GUCAGUCUAUUCUAGCAGCACAACUGCUCUGUGUGCAUCUAUUUAUUCCUAAACAGAAAGCCACGUUGCCAGUGGCACAUUUCUGUAUAGUCCAUUCUUAAAAAAGAAAAAAAAACCUGCUGCCUCAGACAUGUGGCUCCUUCUGUUAUUACUUCUGUCUAUUCUGAUCCUGGUGUACAGAUGGUACAGACAAAGUCAGAUACUAGAGAAUCUCUCAGAUAAAUAUGUGCUGAUCACAGGAUGUGACUCUGGCUUUGGGAACUUAGCAGCAAAACAGCUGGAUCGCCGUGGACUGCGGGUGCUGGCAACUUGUCUGACUGAGAAAGGUGCUGAGGAGCUGAAGAAGGAGACAUCCAGCAGACUGCAGACUGUGAUCCUGGAUAUUAAUGACAGUCAAAGAGUAAAGUCUGUUGCAGAGUGGGUCUCUAGUAUUGUUGGAGAUAAAGGACUCUGGGGCUUGGUAAAUAAUGCUGCAUUUGGCUUUGGACUGGGGCCAAAUGAGUGGCAAACUAAAGAGGAUUUUGCUAAAACGCUAAACGUGAACGUACUUGGAACAAUCGACGUAACAUUAAAUCUGCUGCCACUCAUCAGGAAAGCCCAUGGGCGCAUUGUUAAUGUUGCUAGUAUUGGAGGAAGAUUGUCUAUUGUUGGUGGAGGAUAUUGUAUUUCUAAGUUUGGAGUCGAGGCUUUCUCAGACAGUUUGAGAAGAGAAAUGUGUAAUUUUGGGGUAAAAGUGUCCAUUAUAGAACCAGGUGCUUUCAGAACUUCAAUGGGUUUGUAUGAACCUCAUUUUAAGCACUUGGAGAGGCUGUGGAAUAAUCUUCCUCCUGAGAUCAAGAAAAGCUAUGGAGAACAGUAUUACCAGCAAUCUGUUAAAGCCCUACAAAGGUUAAGUCGAUCUGCUGUACCUAAGUUACACAUGGUCACUAACUGUAUGGAACAUGCCCUGACUGCUGUUUAUCCGUGGACAAGAUACGCUGCUGGAUGGGACGCCAAGCUGUUCUAUAUCCCUGUCUCAUACUUACCUACUGUAUUAUCUGAUUAUAUUCUCUCUCUUGGUGCACCAAAAGUAGCUGGAAAAGCAUAAUAAACCCACAAAUAAAGUAUAUCAUAUAAAAAUUAGAA